AACCCGUGACAUCUGGGCCUGUAGAAGCAUGUUUUUUUAACAGGCUCUGCCCUCAUUCGGAGCUGCUGCUGGAGACGAACAGAUUCGCAAUUAAUAUUUUCACAUUUUGGAGAGCUGGGGGCCAAAGAGGGCAAGAAAGGGAGGUUAUUUUCCAAAAUUCGCUUUGGUCUGAGACGGGGGUUUGUUCUGGGUGUUGCCACACUCAGAUAAUCUGUUGAAGACGACACAUUUUGCCAAUGUCACUGACCGGAUUAACGCAUGCGUUGUUUCCCAGACUUGUAAAUCAUUUGUGUGGGGCAUGUGUGCUUUUGAUCAUUGCUGCUGCGGCUUAUUCUGAAGAUACUGGAGUGUUGAAGUGACGGGUUUCGGUUGUUACAGGCUAACAAGGAGCGAAAAGGGCCUGGUGGUGCUCUGGAACAGUGUGGGCUCUGAGUCGGAGGCCUCCAGCGUGUUUAGACAGGGACCUCAGUUGGAGUAUGGGCCGGCCAACAGCCUGGCUCCUGGGUGGGCUAUUCGGUUUGAUGUGGGUAAUACCGGUUUUGAUGACACCAACAACAUUGGCCCAGUGCACAUCGUUGAAGACGUUGAGAACAAAACUCACCGACAGAAGACGUAACUUUAAGCACAAUUUCCCCAUUAAUUACACCAUCAGAGUUCACUAUGAAGAGGUCUUCAAACUCUGCAACAUCAGCAGGCUGAGGGCGAGGGUGGUGGAUCUGGAGGAGGGGGACCUGCAGGAUGUGUGGCUGUUGGUCAACCAGGAGGUGUUGAAGAGGAUCUUGAGGGUCCUGCCAGAGAGACAUCCCUCCUACAAGUACACCUCCGAUCUGGAAGAUCUCUUCAGGAAGAUCCAGCAGGUGUUCCCACCACAGAGUGAUGAGAGAGAGCCCCCAGAGCGAAUAGAGGAGAUCUACAAUCGAGUGAAGGAGCCCAACUCAAAAGGGUGGAGGUUCGUGACCCCCAAAUCCCUGUUGGAUAACUGCUAUAGGACACUGCACUGUCUCUUCAAAAACUGCUUUCCCAGUGAAGAUGGAGAGCAAGAGUAUUGUAGCACUCUUCACUGGCGGAAGGGCAGAAAGAGACAACUACAGGAAACCUGAGGAGGACGCUAUUUCCAAACACUGCAAAUAUACACUGAGUGUAAAAAACAUUAAGUACACCUUUUUAAUAUUUAGUUGCACCCCACCCAUUUUUGCCCUCA